AUGACUACAGUCACGCAGACGCAGCCAACUACGGCAGUUGAACUCUCGACCUGGGGACAUAACAUAGAAGAAAGACAGCGGAACCCCAACUUCUCCGCCCCAGAACUAGAGGCAGAUGAAGUGAUGCGGCAAUCACUGAUUGCGGACUCCCAAGUCCCUGACGGAGGCUACGGCUGGAUCCUCAUCUGCGCAUGUGCUGUCGUGACAUGGUGGUUCGUGGGCGCUUCAUACACAUGGGGUGUGAUGCAGGCUGCGCUAGUGGAGAAGAAGGGCCAUUCGUCCUCGACAUUGGCCUUUGUUGGAUCGCUCUGUCCUGCCUGCAUCUCUCUCCUCGCAGUCCCCAAUGCAAGGGUGAUCCGACUCAUCGGAUCCCGAGCAACCGCCCUCCUAGGCAUUUUCCUCCUCGGCUCGGGUAGUAUCUUGAGCGGAUUCGUGACGGACAGCGUUGCAGGCCUGUUCAUGACAUGGGGCUUUGUGGGUGGACUUGGGACUAGUUUGUGCUUUAUGGUUGUCUCUGUAACCCCAGCACAAUACUUCAAAGCCAAGCGCGGUAUCGCAAAUGGCAUCGUCUACGCCGGCGGUGGGCUCGGCGGAACAGUGAUCAGCUUCAUCCUGGACGCCCUCCUCCAAAGUGUCGGGAUAGCAUGGACCUUCCGGGUCCUCGGCUUCAUGAUCAUGAGCACAGGGCUGCCAGCUGCCUGGCUAAUCAAAGAACGUGCACCGAUCAAGCCAGCGAAGAUGGUCGAAUGGAGUCUCUUCAAAGACGUACGCUUCGCCGUUCUCUUUGCGACCGGCGCUAUCGGUACAUUCCCUCUCUUCGUGCCGGCUUUCUUUUUGCCGCUGUAUACCAACUCUCUUGGCCUACCGUCUAGUGCUGGUGCAGGUCUUGUAGCAGCGUUCAAUUUUUGUUCUGCCAUUGGACGGCUUUCGUGUGGGUUUGCGUGUGAUCGACUGGGAUCGCUGAAUACGCUUUUCUUGUCGCUAUUGCUUAGUGCGCUGAGCAUUUUUGUGCUGUGGCCUGUGUCCAGUUCGAUUGGGCCCCUCGUUGCCUUUGUGGUUAUCAAUGGCUCCGCGAAUGGGGGCUUCUUUUCCACUAUGCCAACUGUCGUAGGCAAUGUCUUUGGUUCGGCAAGGAUGCCUGUUGCUGUAGGUAUGAUUGUUAGCGGGUGGCUCGGUGGGUAUCUGCUCGGUGCCCCGAUUGCCGGUUAUAUUCUGAAUGCCUCGGGUGGUCAAGGGGGUGGGAUUGGUGCUUAUCGCCCGGCUAUCUUUUAUGCCGGUUCUAUGGCUACGGCUGCGACGGUGUUGGCGGCGGUCGUGCGGAUGAAGGUUGAUCGGAGGAUUAAGAAGACGGUUUGA